CAAGGAGGCCCACCCAGCCCAGCAUCCAGUUCCCCCCAGUGGCCCACCAGAUGCCUCUGAGCAGCCCACAGGCAAGGGGGGAGGGCAGGCCCCCUCUCUCCUGCCACUGGGCUUGAGACGAGGCCUCUUGCCUCUGAGAUACCCCAGAGGGAUGCUUCGAGAAAGGACUCAUUGUCGCUGGGGUGAAUGGAAACACUCUGGACGUGUCUGGCCUGGGCCGUCUGCCUCUCUUGCACUUGACAGCACCGUUCGGACUGCUCCAGAGUCCAGAACGCUGCCUGGCUGUGGCUGCCCAGAGCUUCCUCCGUCUUGUCUGCUCUGACUGGCAGCAGCUCUCCAGGGUUUCGGGAUCCUCUUUCCCAGGCCUGUCUGGAGAUGCUUCCAGGGAGUGAGACGUGGACCUUCUGUUUGCAAAGUAGAUGCUCUGUAAUGGAGCUAUGGCUGUGUGUGUGUGUGAGAGAGAGAGAGAGGGAGGGAGAACCAACCGUGAAGGCAGUCUCGCCUCAGGCUGCAGGAAGGCGGGGCUGAGGGCAGCUGAGUUCAUCUGUUGUUGUUUUGCCAUCUCCCCCUCUGGGGAGCAGAGGAGCAUCUGUGCCCCUUCCAGCAGCUCCUCGGGGCCAACACGCCACCUCUGGCCUCCGAAAGAGUCCCCAGGCACACACACACACACACGCCUGCCUUUCCUGUGUCUUCAGCCCUUCCUCCAAGGGCCCCCUGCUGGCGUGGCUGGUCUCGUGGCCCCAGGCGCAGGAUCCACCCUCUUUUCUCUGCCCCUUGCGCCUUGGGCGUGGGCGCGGUGCCAUGCCGGGGACGGAUGCCAUGAGGCCCUCUGGGGUUUGGGGCUGCCAGCCUGAACAAGCAGGGCUGUGACAUUCAGCCGGCCAUUUCCACACGCCUGGGGCCACUUCUCUGUGGCUGGCAGGGAGGACCACUCGUGGCCCCCUCCGUGCUCUGGGUAGGAGGGUCUUCCUCUCACCUUGGGCAGUGGGGUUGCCGUAGGCUGCUUAACGUAUGUUGCUGCCCACACUGUCCCUGCUCGUGUUGCUGGGAGCUUCCAUCGGGCUCCACCACUUCCCAGAUCCCACCCCACGGUGAAUUCCACGCAGAGUCCAGGAUGUGUGCCUGCAGGGAGGGGCCGGAGGUUCACCGCUAGAACAUCUGCUGAGCACCCAGAAGGAGGCCAAUUCAACCCCUGGCAGCAUCUUCAGGCCAGGCCGGGGAAGUCUCCUGCCUGAAACCUCGGAGAGCCGCUGCCAGUCAGUGCAGGCAAUGCUGAGCUGGGUGGACCAGCGAUGGGACUCGGCAUAAGGGAACUUCUUCGGCAAGCUCCGCAGCUCAGUGGCAGAGCAUCUGCCUGGCAGGUGGAAGGGUCCCGGUUCAAUCCCCAGCAGCAUCUCCAGGUUGGGCUGGGAAAGACUCCUGCCUGAAACCUUGGAGAGCUGCUGCCAGUACAGGUAGGCAAUACUGAGUGAGAUGGACCGAUGGUGGGACUCAGUUUGGCAGCUUCAUCUGUUUGCCAGGAACACCCAUAGUUCAGUGGCUGAGCAUCUGCUUAGCACGCAGAAGGUCCCAGAUUCAGUUCCUGGCAGGGAAGUGGGGGAAAAGAUUUAAUGCUGGGUUUUAAAUGUUUUUUAAAGUUUUAAAUGAUUUUAAUUGUGAACUGAUUUGAGGUUUUAAAUGAUUUUCUUUGAAAGCCGCCCAGCGUCGCAAGUUUUGGGUGGUAUAGAAGUAUUUAAAAUAAAUAGUAAACGAAUCGGUCUCCAGGUAGGGCUGAGAGAGACUCCUGCCCGAAACCUUGGAGAGCUGCUGCCAGUCAGUGUGGACAGUCCUGAGUUUGAGGGACUCUGUGCGAGACAGCCAGCGACCGAAAGGCAGGACCAGCAGCCGGCUUUGGUCUUUGGGCCCGAGGCCUGGGAGAGAAGGUUCCCGGCUAGCUUGUGUCUUGUCAGGGAAGCACCCCCAAGCCUGAGCACCCCUUUUCCCUCGAGACAGUACGUGGUGUGUUCGGGUGGCGGGGAGGUUCGUGUUCAAGCUGUGCCCUGCCCCAGAUAACAUCCAGCCCAGCCUGCCUGUCUCCUUCCUCUUUUCUGCUCUGACCUGGGGCUAAUCUUUCUCUGUUUCCUCCCCAGGAGCCCAUUUCCUCUUCCUUCCCCUAGAACAGUUGACUCAGGGUUUUUUUGUUUUUUUUAAAUUUUAUUGCUUCAGAAAUGCUGAGUGUGCACAGUUGCGGCCAUAAACCUGAUGCUGGGUGCCAAAUAACUGGGGGGUGGGGGGGAGCCCCAAAACGGGGGUUGCCAGAGCGCCCAGGUGGAGCUUCCCUGAGGAUAGAAACCGACCGAUGAAGCGGCCACGGUGACUGUGUUGGCUGCGUCGAUGUGGCAGCAGGAAUUCACGGGACAGGAAACCGUCGAUGCUUCGGUAACGAAGGAGAAAGGGUGGACUGUGUAGGCCUGGAAGAGGAGCAGCUUUAGAUUGGAGGAGUGUUCAACUCCCUGGAUAUGUCCCGCUCCGUGUCAGUCACCGCGACUGGCCAGUGCCGCCUGGCCCCGCUGAUCCAGGUCACCCUUGACUGCAGCCACCUCUACGACUACACCGUGAAACUUCUCUUCAAGCUCCACUCCUGUCUCCCGGCGGACACGCUCCAAGGCCACAGGGACCGGUUUCUGGAGCAGUUCAAGAAGCUGAAGGAUCUCUUUUACCGCUCCAGCAACCUGCAGUAUUUCAAGCGGCUGAUCCAGAUCCCGCAGCUGCCGGAGAAUCCCCCCAACUUUCUCAGGGCCUCGGCCCUCUCCGAGCACAUCAGCCCCGUCGUGGUUAUCCCCGUGGAAGCCUCUUCCCCGGACAGCGAGCCCAUCAUGGACCUGGUGGAGAUGGAGACGUCUUCACAGCAGAGUCUCUUUGACAACAAGUUCGACGACCUCUUUGGCAGCGCGUUCAGCAACGACCCUUUCAACUUCAACAACCAGAACGGGAUGAGCAAAGACGACAAGGACCAGCUAAUUGAGCAGCUCCAGAGGGAGAUCGGUGACCUCAAGGAGGAGCUGAAGAACUUCAAGGCCGAGAGCCAUCGCCUGGUGGUGCAGCUGAAGGGGCGGAUCAGCGAGUUGGAGGCGGAGCUGGCUGAGCAGCUGCACCUGAAGCAGCAGGCCCUGGACGAGAGCGACUUCCUGCGCACGGAGCUGGACGAGCUGAAGAAGCGGCACGAGGACACGGAGAAGGCCCAGCGCAGCCUGACAGAGAUCGAGCGGAAAGCGCAGGCGACAGAGCAGCGGUACACCAAGUUGAAGGAAAAGUACAGCGAGCUCGUGCAGAACCACGCGGACCUCCUGCGCAAGAAUGCGGAGGUCACCAAGCAGGUCACGGCGGCCAGGCAGGUCCAAGGAGAUGUGGAGCGGGACAAGAAGGAGCUGGAGGACUCCUUCCACCGGCUGAGCGAGCAGGCCCAGCGGAAGACCCAGGAGCAGGCCGACAUCCUGGAGGCCCUGCGGAGGGAGCUGGUUGCCAGCAAGCAGGAGCUGCAGGUCCUCCGGAGCGCCGCCGAGUCCAGCGCGCAGUCCGAAGUGGAGCACAGCGCCCAGUUGGCCGGCCUGCAGGAGGAGAGGGCUUCCCUGGCCAGCGCAGUGGCCCAGCGUGAGCAGCAGAUGGCCGCGUUGCAGGCCGAAGUGCAGCAGCUGAAGGCCACCCUGGAGAGGGAGAAGCAGGAGGGCGGCCAGGCGGUGGAGGAGUUGCAGAGCCGCCUGGGGGAAGAGGAGAGCAACCGUCAGGCCUUCCAGCAGCAACUCCUCGACAAGCAGUUUGCCCUCCUGCAGUCUGCCCUGGGGGAGGCCGAGCAGAUGGUACGGGACGCCCUGAACCGACUUGACGACCCCGCUCACGUCAGCUGCACCAGUUCGGCAGAUUAUCUUCUGUCCCGGACACAGGCGGCAGCUGAGAGCACGGAGCGGCUCCAGGAGGCACGCGGCCAAUAUCUUUCUGACCAGUCAGACGUGAGUGGUUUGUUGUCCUCCGUGGCCUCCUUUGCCCAUCUGAUCGGGGACACCAUCCUGCAAGCUAGUGCCACCUCGCACAUGGCCCCCAUGGAGCCUGCUGACCUGCUGUUAGAGGCCUGCAGGCACUGUGGGGGCGAGACCCUGAGCUACUUGGGGGCCCUGAAGGACAAGGCUUCUCUAGAAAGCGCCGACUGCACUGCCGUCAGGGACUGCCUUGGCCGGAUCACUGCGAUUGGAGAGGAGCUGCGCCCCAAAGGCCUGGACAUCAAGCAGGAGGAACUGGGGGACUUGGUGGACAAGGAGAUGGCGGCCACAGCAGCCGCCAUCGAGGCAGCAGGAACCAGGAUUGAGGAGAUGCUGAGCAAGUCGCAGGCUGGGGACACGGGCGUCCAACUCGAGGUCAACAAGAGGAUUCUGGGCUCCUGUACUGGCUUAAUGCAGGCCAUCCAGGUGCUGGUGCUGGCUUCCAAGGACCUCCAGCGAGAGAUUGUGGAGAGCGGAAGGGGAGCAGCCUCUCCAAAGGAAUUUUAUGCCCGGAAUUCCCGCUGGACCGAGGGGCUGAUUUCUGCCUCCAAGGCCGUCGGCUGGGGAGCUACAGUGAUGGUAGAUGCGGCCGACCUGGUGGUGCAAGGCAAAGGCAAGUUUGAAGAGCUGAUGGUCUGCUCCCACGAAAUUGCCGCAAGCACCGCCCAGCUCGUGGCCGCGUCCAAGGUGAAAGCGGACAAGGACAGCGCCAACCUCGGCAAGCUGCAGGCGGCCUCUCGGGGAGUCAACCAAGCCACAGCCGGGGUCGUGGCCUCCACGAAAUCCUCCAAGCUGCAGAUCGAGGAGAAAGACAGCAUGGAUUUCUCGGCCAUAACGCUGACGCAGAUCAAGCGCCAAGAAAUGGACUCCCAGGUGCGCGUGUUGGAGCUGGAGAGUCAGCUGCAGAAGGAACGCCAGCGCCUGGGAGAACUCCGCAAGAAGCACUACGAGCUGGCUGGGGUGGCCGAGGGCUGGGACGAGAACGGUGCCGAUCUUGCUCCCUGAGGAGGCGGCCCAGCGUGAGGCCCUUCUGUUGGCGUGGCUCCUUGUGAGCGUGAGCGAGCGACCGAGUUUGGAACCUACCGCAAAGCCUGUGCUCCCCCAGGGGGACACUCCUCCCUCGGGCCACCCAGACCAGGCCAGGGCCAAGGUGUCCUGCUGGUCAAGAAGGUAGCAGUGGUGGCUGGGAGGGAGGGAGGUGGCUCCCUCUCCAGCAGCAGCAGCUGCAGCAGCAGCAUCCAUAGCAUUGCCCCCCCGUCCCCCCCAUAGCCACGAGAUGCGUCCACUUUGCACACACAGGCCUUGAUACAGCUUUGCAGCAUCUUGCCAGAAGUUGGGUCCCCCCCCCCCAAUUUUCCAUCGUCAUUUCCUGGUUUGCACAGCCAAUCAGCUGCUGGUUGGCCUUAGUUCUCGCUCCCCCGCCCCCACCUGCCCGUUCUUGCCCUCAGAGCCAAGAUGGCGGCAGGAGGUGCUGUUUGUGGUUUGGGGAGGGGGAGUGUCCCCUUUCCCGGAGACCCAAGAUGGCCAGUGCAAGGAUGGUGGUGUUGAAGGAACUUCUGGGUCUAGAAGCCAAGGUGCCAGUCACGGACCGGCGUGUGCCAUCUGUGACUACUUGUUCCGGGAGUUCCAGCCAUCUUUGGCCUCUGAAAACCCGCUCGAGGCCACUCAGUGGCUGGCAGGAGACCUUCCUCGGCCAGCUUCCUGGCCCCGCUCUCCACUGCCCACUCGGGUUCCUGCUCCCAUUUCUCCACAACAAAGCUGGCCCUUUUCUGCUGCCUCGGAAUCGUCCACUGUGUGCUGGGCCAGCCACUCGCAGCUGAGAAUCCCGGAGUCGGAGAGCCGUCUGGGGUCCAAGCAGCUGCCUUGGUGUGCUUGGGGGGCUCCAGCUGCCAGCAGGCGGCCCAAACCAGUUGCCUCCUUGCCCCAUGGGCACUGUCAGCCAAGCAGAAGCUCUCGAAAGCCCGCUUGGCUCAUUGGAAGCGGUUGUGUUGCCCGGCGUGGCUGGCCCCCGGCAGCGAGGGGGGCUCAGAGAACCGAGAAGGCGGCGUUUGGAUGCGGUCCUAGAGCUGGCUCCCUUUCCCCCCGCGGCCUUCAGCGACGGCUGCCUCUGGUGCCUCGUGAUCACUGUGAGCCUCGAAGGGGAGAAAAGGCCUCACGGCCUGGAAAGCCAAGAGAGGAAGCAGAGCAUAUCUUGCUGCCCAGAAGGGGAGGCUGGGAUUCCAGAUGGGUGGAAGGCGGGCAAGGUCUGUCGCCCUGCCUCUUGAAGGAAGGAGGGAGGGCGGGUGGGGAGAAGUGGCACCGGUGCCUUUGAACAUGGAUGCCGUCUUUCAGCUUUGCUCUGGCUGGACAGGGGCCAGUGGUCCAAGCCCUGUCCCCUGCCAUCUGAGCCAAGAGGUGCCGGCCGGUUCACACAGUCUUUCGAAUCUAGCUUUAAUGUCGGUUACCAGCCUCGGCGUGGUUGUAUGAACCCAUGCCCUGGUGCAUUUAUGGUCUGAGACAAAUCUAAGGUUUCCGCCUUGUGUGCGAGUCCGCACAGUCGUGCUAGAAGGUCGGCAGCCCACAUUAAACCUAGAUUUGGACGGUGUUGUGUGAAGCCGGCCAUUGAACUGUUCAGAGCUACUCUCUUCUCCCUGCUGCUAUGAUCAGCCAAGCCACAGAGGGCAAUCCGGAGCCGUUGCCCGCUUCUGGUAGGGCAGUGUCAGCUUGUACCCUACGGCUGUGGCUGCUGCAUACCUGGGUUGCGAGCUGGGCUGCCCGUAUCAGCCAUGCCGUGGCUCUGGUAUAAGCAAGAGUCAAUGCCCCCUGCCACCCCCGGGCAAUCCCUGAGGGAAGGGGGUGGCCCCAAGUGGUCCUGUCUAGGGAUCCAGGCUCCGUGGAAGAGCUGAGAGGCUGGGUGUUCAACUGGGCCCAGUCUUGGCUGGCAGGUGAGUGUGUCGGGGACGGCGGCCCCACCUUUGAACAUGUGAGGACGCUGUUGGCAUCUCUUGGCCGUUGUGCCUGUCCCUGGCCAAGCUCUUGCCCUCCAAGUUGCUCCAGGAUAAGCCUGCCUGUUGCACACUGCCAUUGGCGGGGUGGGAGAGGCAGAGGAACCAGGGUUGGUUUUCCAGCCCGAGUGUCUCCUCCUCCAGACCUGCCCUGCCAGCCUCCUCAGAAAACCUCUCUCUGCUCAGCAGCCUCUCAACUCAGUGCCUGUUACACCCCAGGCCUUCUUGCCACCUGGCUGACAGACGAAGAACCAAAUAACCCUCCUCCCUCCGCCAGCUUGAAUGAGGCCACACUUGGCUGCCUGCCGCUUUCCGAAGCAACGGGGACGGCCCCGUAGCCACAGCACACGAGGCGGCGGCUCGGAGGAGCGGCAGCGGCUACUCCACCUAGCGCCGAAACUCCCUGGCUCCAUCCUUCCAGGGACACCUCCUCCUCCACCCGUGCCCCCAGACUACCUCAGGUUUUCAGGCUCAUUGGGCCACACAAGUUGGGGACACAGGAAGAGGACGAGGACAAGCCAGAGAGACUUGUCCCGAAAUCUGGAGAGAGGCCAUUUUGUUCAAGUCUAGUGACCGUCAUUUCCUCGAUGCUUGCUCUUUCUUUUCCUUUUUAAAAAUUUUUAAACUUUUCCUAAAUUUGGGAUGAGGGGAGGGGGAGGGGGGUGAACAAACUUCCAUUAGAGCAGUUUGACAAUAAGUGACUAAAAACUGCUCACCACAGGCUUGGGCCCCCACCAAUUGGCCCAAGCAGCCAGCUCUUUUUUUCCAACAGAUAUUUUAAUUAUUGUAUUAAAUACAGGUUUCCCCCCCUUCCUUUGUAUAAUAAGUUGAGUGUGUGUGUGUUCAAUUUUUAAAUAAACAUUUCAACCCGG